CCCACCACCCAUGGCGUCCAGGCUCUCCUUGCUCCUGCUCCUCGCCCUCGUCCUCCCGGCUUCCGGCGAUGACGCCGCGGCGGCGGAGGCGGCGCCGCCGCCGGCGCCGGCGGGCGGCGCGUCGUUCAACGUGACGGAGAUCCUCGGCCGGUUCCCGGAGUUCGGGCUGUUCAGCUACCUGAUCAGCAAGACGCACGUCGACCGCGACAUCAACAGCCGCAACACGGUGACCGUGCUGGUGCCGGACAACUCCGCCGUGGACUGGCUCCUCCGCCGCAGCGCCAGGCUGCCGCGGGCGGCGCUCGUCGAGCUCCUCUCCGUCCACGUCGUGCUCGACUACUUCGACGCCGCGAAGAUCGCCGCGCUGCCGCCGGGGAAGCCCACCGUGUCCACCACCCUGUUCCAGACCACCGGGAACGCGCGCCGCCGCACCGGGUUCCUCGCCAUCACCCCGACGGCCAAGGGCGGCGCCGUCUUCGCCUCCGCCGCGCCCGGCGCGCUGGUGAACGCCACGCUCAAGAGGGUGGUCGCCGCCGUGCCGUACAACAUCUCCGUGCUCCAGAUCAGCAACUUCGUCGUGCCGCCGGGCGUCCUCACGAGGCCACGGCCGGGGCCGGGGCCGCUGCCGCUGCCGUCCCCGCCGUUGCCGAGGAUGAAGCCGAUGGCGAUCGCGCCGACCCCGGCGCCGGUGCCGGCCCCGACAAAGAUGGUGCCGAUCCCGCCGAGUUUGCCGCUGACGGAUCCGGCCGAUGAGGACGGCGACGAGGCGCCGGCCGCCGCGCCGGCGCCGUCGCAUGGCAACGCGGUGAAGGUGAUGAGUUGGUGGUCAGGCCUUGGCGUGCUCGUGGGGACGAUGGCAUGCGUGUUCGGUUAUUUGUAGGUUAACUAAUUAAUCUGCUCUAUUUUACCGGUUACGUUAUAUAAUUAAUCUACAGGUGCAUCCUACGUUUUUAGCGCAUAUGAUCGUAGUAGUUGAAUUUGAAGAAACAGUUCUCUUUUUUUUUGUCCCAUUUUUUGUUGUUGUGGAGUAGAGACUUGUAAUCGCCGGAGAAAAUAAUUAGCAAAGCAAGAGUUAAAUACUUGACGAUGGUUCAA